UGACUAUGAUAUUAGUCAAUACUCAAUAGUGAUUAGUGCAUACCAAUACAAGUUUACAAGGCCAUUAAAUUACCAAUACAAAAGGGAAUAAAACUAAAUUUAGCAAUUGAUCAAUAACAGUUUUAUUAAAAACCUUAUUUGAUUUAAUAGAAGGGAAUUCGUUAAUUUAUGUACGACUACAUAGAAGAACAUUCUAUAAGAUUGAUUGAAUUUGUUAAGAAACAUCUGCUAUGAGUCCCAUAGAAAGUGUUCCAGUUGCUGUCUUAAAUCGUAUUGAUGAUUAUGUUGAACUGCUUUAUGAUGACAUUCCAGAAAAAAUUAAAGGAUCUGCUCUAAUAUUACAACUUGCAAGGAACCCAGACAAUUUAAUUGAAUUGGCUAGAAAUGAAGCCCUGCUGAGUGCUCUUUCUAGAGUCUUAAGAGAAGAAUGGAAACGUAGUAUUGAAUUAAGUACAAACAUUGUUUAUACAUUUUUCUGUUUCUCUACUUAUAUAGAGUUUCAUUCUGUUAUAAUUCAGUACAAAAUUGGCUCACUAUGUAUGGAUGUUAUUGAUUAUGAACUCAAACGAUAUGAUCAAUGGAAAGAAAAAGUUGAAGGAAAAAAACAAGUUCUUACACCAGAUAAAAAUGAAUUGCCAAAGAGUCGUAUUCCAGAACCGAAAAGACGUCCUAAAUCUGGAACUUGGGCAGUCACUGAUGUCAAUAUUCAAAAAACUAGAUCUAUUGUGUCUAGUUAUCAUGAAGAUCUGUGUCAUGCAUCAGACGAAUUCCUUUCUAAGAGUGAUGAGGAACAACUGAAGAGAAAACUCAAGACUUUAUCCAAAAGACAAGAACAGUUGCUUAGAGUUGCUUUUUACAUGCUUUUAAACAUAGCAGAUAAUGUAAAAGUAGAAGAAAAAAUGCAUAAAAAGGACAUAGUUGGUUUGCUCAUCGGAGCUAUGGAAAGACAUUCAAAUAUUGAUUUGCUGAUUUUAAUUGUUUCAUUUUUGCAAAAGUUAUCAAUUUUUGUUGAAAAUAAGAAUGCCAUGGCCUCCAAAGGAAUUAUUGAAAAACUCGCUCCUUUGUUAGAUUCUCCUAAUGCUGAUUUGGUGAAUGUUACUUUAAAACUACUCUUUAAUUUGACCUUCGAUACUAAAUUGCGAAAUAAAAUGAUCAAAAUAAAUUUGCUACCAAAGUUCAUCCAAUUUACUAGUGAUGAUAAACAUAUAAACUUAGCAAUGAAAAUACUUUACCACCUCAGUAUGGAUGACCGCGUCAAACAAAUGUUUACACAAUCUGACUGUGUCAAACUGUUGACGGAUAUGCUGCUGUUGAACGUGAACAGCGAGGCGCGUUGCGAGAGCGGGCCGGGCACGACGGACGUGCUGCUGGCGCUGUGCGUCAACCUGUCGUGGAGCGAGCGCGCCGCGCAGCAGAUGUCGGCCGAGGGCCGUCUGCGGGAGCUGCUGGCGCGCGCGUUCCGACACCGCAACGCCGUGCUCAUGAAGCUCGUCCGUAAUCUGUCGCACCACCGUCAGAACAAGGCACUCUUCGUGGAAUUCGUAGGAGAUAUAGCUGGCGCGGUUACGAGUGAUGAGGCGUCUGAAGAAUUUGUCAUCGAAUGUAUGGGAACACUGAGCAACAUUCUGAAUUUGAACAAUAAUAUCGAUAUAUAUGCCGUCGUUGAAAGAUACAACUUAAUUCCGUGCAUCCUAAAGAUAUUAGAUCCAGUUAACCAGCGCGACCCGGAGCUGGUGCUGGAGGCGGUGGUGGCGGCGGGCGCGAUGGGCGCGGAGGAGCGCGCGGCCGCCGCGCUGGUGACGGCAGGGGGGGGCGAGGCGCUAGUGGCGGCGCUGCGGCAGCGCCAGGCCGACGACGACCACGUGCUGCAGACCGUGUUCGCCUUCCGUCAGCUGCUGUCGCAUCCGCGCGCCGCGCAGUACCUCGUCUCGAGCACGGAAGCUCCGGCGUACCUCAUCGAUCUCAUGCAAGACAAAAAUGUGGAAAUAAGAAAAAUGUGCGAUUCAUGUUUGGAUAUCAUCUCGCAAAUGCAAAACGAAUGGGCCGCGAGGAUUAAAUUGGAGCGGUUCCGUUGCCACAACGGGCAGUGGCUGUCUGUGGUGGAGACUCUGGGCGCGGAGGGCGGUGCAGGCGACGCGAGUGACGACCUGCCGCCUUACCUCUCGGCUGAGUACCUCACCACGCACCGCCUCACCACCUCGGAUUCCCAAAUAUCACUUAAUGACGAUUCAGACAGUUUUUCUGGAGAGGCUGACUUUAAUCGAGCGAACAGCAGAAAUACCCAAGAUGGACAAAGUGACGAAUUAUUAGGAUUAUCAGAUUCGUUAUCAGGAAAAACGUCAGAAGACGACACGCAAUUCACUAAGAAGCUUAAAGUAUUUGCCUAACAUAUUUAUUGUUAUAGAAAAUAACACUAAAAUCCUAGUGACAAUUAUAUUUGCUUGAUUCAUUUGGAUAUCUAACUCGAUCUCUCAUAAAUAAUUUAUUUUCUUGUUAAGUUUUUAAAUUAUUGAACUACUUGCAUAUAAUUCAACAUUUUAGAAUAUCGACUUUUACACAUAUUUUUAUAAUUAUUCGUAUUAGAUAAUAUUUUAUUUCGCAUCAAGCUUUUAAGAAAACUUGUAACAUUGAUUCAUUACCCUUAUAUUAUUAUAUU